CUCAAGCGCAGGUCUCCGAUAUAAGUCCCCAGAAAAAGCAUAUAUAUUAAAUUGUCAUGGCUUCAAAUCAACAAGUGAAGCUUUUUGGAAUUGUAGGAAGCCCAUUUGUGACGAGAGCAGAGAUUGCUCUGAAGCUCAAGGGAGCGGAAUAUGAAUAUGUUCAUGAAUCAUUGACCGACAAAAGUGAUCUUCUUCUCAGGUACAAUCCCGUUCACAAGAUGGUCCCUGUGCUUCUUCACAACGACAAGCCAAUCUGUGAGUCGCUUGUCAUUGUUGAAUAUGUCGACGAGACUUUUACAGGUUAUCCCAUCUUGCCUUCUGAUCCUCACCACAGAGCCUUGGCUCGUUUCUGGUCCAAGUUCAUCGACGACAAGGUCUUGCCUGCUAUAUCUAAAGCAGCUUGGAAUCCUGAUGCGAGGGAGAGAGAGAAAGGUGGUGAAGAAUCCUCGGAGGCUCUCAAGACUCUGGAGAAUGAGCUGAAAGGAAAGUUCUUUAAUGGAGAUUCAAUGGGAUAUGUGGAUAUUACUGCAUUGUUCUUGGCUUUUUGGCUGCCUUUAAUUGAAGAAGCUGGUGCGCUUGAGUUGUUCAGUGGUGAGAAAUUUCCAAAGCUUAAGAAAUGGAGUCACGAAAUUCUGAAACAUCCCAUUGUGAAAGAAGCUUUGCCUCCAAAGGAUGUUCUCAUUGGCUACUACAAAACCCGCUUUCAGAGCAUUGCUGCUUCCAAAUAGAUAAAUGGAUUCAUCUUUGUGUUCAUUACCGCAUGUUGUGAUUUCAUGCCAAAAUAAAAAUAUGCAACUUUCUUUUGCAACAAAAUCUCGAUCAUGUGUUUGGUUUUUUUGUUUUGGUCGGGUUGUUAUUUUCUGCCUCUUUACAACUCCCUUUAGGACGUUGUCUGAUAAAAGUUCGUUAUUGGAAUCUUUUAGCAGCUCUUAAGUUAGACUUUUUGCUUUUGAAUCUUCUUCUUGUGCUUUUUUUUUGUGCAAUCUUCUUUUUUUUUAAUUGCCUUUUCAGUGUAUUUAUGGGAUAUUCUGAGUCCCUAGUGUUUCCUCUUGAUAGUCUUUGCCUCGUACCCACCAUUUGUAGUGCAAAUGUAGCUUCUGGCUAUCCUCUUCUCCAGCAAUCAUUUUCGCCUUGGUUCA